GCUCCGCGCCAGCGCGCCGUCAGUGCGCAGGCGCGCUAGCCCCUCUCCUUUCCGCUCUUCCUCCUCCGUCUUCGGACGUCAGUGGCCGUUGGGUCGUAUGUCGCGCCGGGCCCUCCGGAGGCUGAGGGGGGAACAGCGCGGCCAGGAGCCCCUCGGGCCUGGUGCCCUGCAGUUUGUUCUCCGUGAUGACGAAGACGCGGAAGAGGAAGGCCCAAAGCGUGGGCCAGCCGGCCGGCGCCCUGGAGGCGCAGGCAAGGAGGGCGUCCGAGUCAACAACCGGUUCGAGCUGAUAAAUAUCGAGGAUCUUGAAGAGGGACCCAUGGUGAAUGGGGAGAGGUCCGAUUGUCUGCUCGCAGAUGUGGUGGUGACAGGGAACAAGAGGAGGUCCCAGUGUGGAAGUGCAGAGACCAGGAAGGAUGCAGAAGUGGCUGUCAAGGCAGCACCCCCACAGCAGUUUAAUGCAAGUUGCAAAUUCCGAAAGAAGAAAAAGAAACAAAAAAACAAGAAAAACUCUGCUGGAGAAACUUCGGAAAAUGGGCUGGAGGAUAUUGAUCGAAUCUUGGAGAGGAUUGAGGACGGCAGUGGGUUAAGCCGGCCAGGCCCGCCUCCCCUGAGCUCCAAGAAGCACGUUCUGUAUGUGGAGCACAGACACCUGAAUCCAGAUACAGAACUGAAAAGGUACUUUGGUGCUCGAGCUGUCCUUGGGGAGCAAAGGCCACGGCAGAGACAGCGCGUGUAUCCCAAGUGUACAUGGCUGACGACCCCUAAGAGCACCUGGCCCCGGUACACCAAACCAGGUCUGUCCAUGCGGCUGCUGGAAUCCAAGAAAGGUGCGUCAUCCUUCGCGUUUGAGCACAGUGAGGAGUACCAGCAGACCCAGCACAAGUUCCUGACUGCCGUGGAGUCCAUGGAGCCCAAUAACAUCGUGGUCCUGCUGCAGACAAGUCCCUACCACGUGGACUCACUCCUGCAGCUCAGCGACGCUUGCCGGUUCCAGGAGGAUCAGGAGAUGGCCCGAGACCUUGUGGAGCGAGCACUGUACAGCUUGGAGUGUGCCUGCCAUCCUCUGUUCAGCCUCACCAGCGGGACCUGCCGGCUCGACUACCGCAGGCCCGAGAACAGGAGCUUCUACCUGGCCCUCUACAAGCAGAUGAGCUUUCUGGAGAAGCGAGGCUGCCCGCGCACGGCACUGGAGUACUGCAAGCUUAUUUUGAGCCUUGAGCCAGAUGAGGACCCCCUGUGCAUGCUGCUGCUUGUGGACCACCUGGCCUUGCGAGCACGAUGCUACGAGUACUUAAUCCGCCUCUUCCAGGAAUGGGAGCCUCAUCGGAACCUCUCCCAGCUCCCGAAUUUCGCCUUCUCUGUCCCAUUGGCAUACUUUCUGCUGAGCCAGCAUGCGGACCUCCCCGAGCAGCUCAGUCCUGAGAGAGAAAAAGCCUCCCUCCUGAUCCAGCAGGCCCUCACCAUGUUCCCUGGAGCUCUCAUGCCCUUGCUGGAGUACUGCAGCGUGCGGCCCGACCCUGCCGUCGCCAGCCACCACUUCUUUGGGCCAGACGCGGAGAUCAGCCAGCCCCCUGCCCUGAGCCAGCUGGUGAGCUUGUACCUCGGGAGGUCGCACUUUCUCUGGAAGGAGCCUGCCACCAUGAGCUGGCUGGAAGAGAAUGUCCGCGAGGUUCUGCAGGCGGUGGACGCUGGAGACCCCGCCGUGGCUGCAUGUGAGAGCAGGCGGAAGGUGCUCUACCAGCACGCACCCAGAAACAUCCACCGCCACGUGGUGCUCUCCGAGAUCAAGGAAGCCGUUGCUGCCCUCCCCCCGGACGUGACCACGCAGUCUGUGAUGGGGUUUGACCCUCUGCCUCCUUUGGACACCAUCUACUCCUACGUCAGACCAGAGAGGCUGAGUGCUGUCAGCCACGGGAACACUAUCGCCCUCUUCUUUCGAUCCCUACUGCCCAGCUACACCACGGAGGGGGAGAGGACGGAGGAUGGAGGGCCUGGGGCCCUGAACCACAACCAAGGCUUGAAUAGGCUGAUGCUCGCCCUUCGAGACAUGAUGGCCAACUUCCACUUCCACGACCUGGAGGCGCCACGCGAGGACACCCCUGAGGGAGACGGGGAGUGGGACUGAGGAGGGCCCACUCAGUCCUGUUCCCGAUUGCUGUUCUGGUCAGGAUUGGCCAGCCCCUCGGGUAGAAAUGCUGAUGUCGUCCACCUGCCACCCACCUCUGUUCCUCUAUAAACACGAAGGGUUA